CGGAUUCCAGCCACGGGCUGACGCAUGGCUGUUUACUCGUCCACUCAAGCUGGAUGAAAAAUGGAAGAAAAAGGAAAAGGGAAAAGUCCAGAACGCCUCUGUUUGUCCAGAUUAACUCCCGUGGACUGGAUCUACAUGACUGGUGGCCAAUCCUACGUCGACAUGGCAGUCACACUUCACACUCCUCCAUGGUCCCAGUCGCGGUCCCAGUCCCGGUAAACAAGACAAACACAGGGAAACGGUGGCGGCCAUAAUAAAAGCCCUUUCCGUCGCCAUCUCUCUUCUCUCUCCAAAGGCAUGUUUUGUUUCUAUCGUCUCUUUGCCAAGUAGCUACGUCCGGUUGUGCACUAUGCCAGCCCAUUUAUCGCCCUAUCUACAGGACAAUCCUUAUGCCUCGCCGCAGGACGGCCAGAGUGAUGAUGACGUUCUUUCACCUCCGCCCUCGCCGCCUCCCCGGGUCCAUUUGUCUAUUGGGGAUGGGGAAGCCAUCGCGGAUAUUCACAAUCAGUUGACUGAGCAGGAUACGCAGGAGUCAAGACCGGUAUAUCCUGAGCCGCACUCGUCGUUUGACAAGUUCCUGGAGGGGGAAGUGCAGGCGGGGAAGAAGAGGUCUAAUCUAGGCGUUAGCUUUAAGUCGCUGACGACAUGGGGUGGUGGGGAGUCGCAGGUUAAUGUCAAGACCUUGGCAACGGCGUUCUGGAGGACUUUGACUUUACAGGAUAUUUAUGAGUGGACUAUCAAGCCGUGGGUUGGUGACAAGGAGCCUGAACAUGGACGAGCUUUGAUUCGUGAUUUUUCGGGGGUGGUGCGCAGUGGUGAGAUGAUGCUUGUCCUGGGACGCCCAGGCGCAGGUUGCUCGACCUUUUUGCGCACAAUCGCCGGGCACCAUUCCUCGUACCUAGGUGUCACCGGGUCCAUCGACUACUCUGGCCUCAGCUCUGAAGAGUUGAAGAAACAUUUUCGUGGCCAGGUAGCUUACGUCCCCGAAGAUGAUGUCCACUUUCCUACCAUGAACGUGCGGCAGACCUUGGAGUUUGCGCUGCAGUGCAAGACUCCCAAGAGAUACCGCGAUCGAAUUCCGCGUUGUCUUGACAUUUACGGCCGCGUGUUUGGUAUGUCACACACAAUGGACACCCUAGUUGGCGAUGAGUACAUCCGUGGUGUGUCCGGUGGAGAACGGAAACGUAUUUCUAUCAUCGAGUCGCUUGCUACGGACUCGAGCGUGACGUGUUGGGACAAUUCCACCAGAGGUCUGGAUGCCUCGUCUGCCCUGGACUAUGCGCGCAGUCUGCGAAUUAUGACCGACACUGCCGGGAAAGCCACCCUCUUGACGCUAUACCAAGCUUCCGAUGCCAUUUAUGAACUUGUCGACAAGGUGCUUCUGGUCGAUGAAGGUCGCAUGUUAUUCCAGGGCCCAGCGCAAGAUGCCAAGCGUUACUUUGAAGAGCUUGGAUACCAAUGUGGCGACAUGCAAACGACCUCCGACUUCCUCACCAGUAUCACAGUUCCCGAACGACGCCGUUUCCGGCCGGGCUGGGAGCAUCGUGCCCCCAAGGGGCCUGUUGAGCUCGAGGAAGCAUUUCAAAAGAGUCAGGCAUUUGCGAAAAUCCAGCAGGAUAUUCAAUCCUAUGAAGCUCAGCGUUUCGCGCGCAAGGAUUCCCAGAUAACCCUGAACAAUUCGGACUGCGGAAGCCUGGAUGAUUUCAAGACUCUGGUUCAGACCGACAAGUCGCGGUUCGUGCCCGCCACGUCGUCUUACACGAUUUCUCUCUUCCGUCAGGUGGCUCUGUGUACCAAGCGCCAAUUCUGGCAGCUUAAGGGAAACCCACAACCACUGUACAUCAAGCUUAUUUCUGCUAUCGUUUAUGGCUUGUUGAUUGGUUCAAUGUUCUACAAUCAGCCGCAGACCACCGACGGCAUGUACUCGCGUGGUGGUAUGCUGUUUUACUCCUCGAUCUUGCUAGCCUGGUUGCAAAUGUCCGAGCUGGAGGAUGCCAUGCAGGGUCGCGACGUCAUCAGUCGACAAAAGAAAUUCGCUUUUGUUCGCCCUAGUGCAGUCUGCCUUGCUCGUGUGGUUUCGGAUGUUGUCGUAUCGCUUUUGAUUACCGCUUUUUAUAUGAUUGUGGUUUACUUCCUGGCGGGUUUAAAAACAAAUGCUGGCCCAUUCUUUAUUGAUUUCUUGUUCAUCUACUUGUCUACGGUAGCUCAGACCGGUCAAUUCCGAGUCUUUGCCUCGCUGUCGAAAGACUAUGCGGUGGCGUUGCGUUAUUGUGGUGUGUCGGUGCUUUUUUCCGUCGUGUUUAGUGGUUAUCUUUUACCGGUGGACAAGUUGAUUUCGGAUGUGCCAUGGGUUGGGUGGAUAGCGUUCACAACGCCGACUCUCUUCACCUAUGAAUCGGUGAUGAUUGCUGAGUUCAGCAACUCAAACUUCAGUUGUUCUCCAGAAUCAGUGGUCCCCUCUGGUCCUGGAUACACGGACGUCGCUUAUCAAACGUGCGCAUACCAGGCGAACCGGGUGGGUACUACCCUGAUCAAUGGAGAUGACUAUCUGUCCACCCGAUAUGGCUUCCACAGCAGCCAUCUCUGGCGCAAUUUUGGUAUCCUGUGUCUCUUCCUGGUUGCUUACACGCUCAUUACAUGCUGGCUCAGCGAAGUCAUGAAAUGGCAACCAGAAAGCGCAGGCCCAAUCCAGUACAAGAAGUCUCAAAAGCAGCUAAGGAAAGGCGAUAACGCUCGCGAUGAGGAGAAUGCUCCAGUCGGAGAUGAUGUUAAUCCGCCCGCCUAUCCCGGUUCUGUUAAUGAUAAACUCGUUGGGCCUCUCAGUGGUAGCAAGUCCUCGUUUACUUGGGACAACCUGGAACUCCACGUACAGGUUGGAAAAGAGACGAGAAAGCUAUUGAGUGGCGUGAGUGGUUAUUGCAAGCCAGGUACGAUGACAGCUUUGGUUGGGACUUCAGGUGCUGGAAAGUCGACUCUAUUGACUGCUCUGACUCAGAGACAAAACUCAGGUUGUCUUAAUGGUACCAUGUUUGUCGACGGACGUCCCGUGGAUAGCUCGUUUAACCGACAAACUGGUUACUGCCAACAAAUGGACAUCCACGAUGACACGAGCACGAUCCGUGAAGCGUUCGAAUUUUCCGCCCUCCUACGCCAAGGACGUGAUGUGUCCAAGGAGGAAAAGCUGUCCUACAUAGAUUCGGUGCUGGAAACGCUCGAUCUGGUGGAUUUGCAGAAUGCUUUGGUCGGAUCUCUCGACAUUGAAAAGAAGAAGCGUGUCACCAUUGGAGUGGAACUUUGUGCGAAGCCCAAGUUGUUGCUCUUCUUGGAUGAACCGACGAGUGGCCUGGAUAGUCAGGGUGCUUCCACUAUCGUGGACUUGAUGAGACGUCUGGCGGAUCAGGGUUUGGCUAUCUUGUGUACUAUUCACCAGGCGAAUCAGGAGCAGUUUGAGCAGUUUGAUCGCGUAAUGGCUCUCAGUCCCGGUGGACGUACGCACUACUUUGGUGAAGUUGGCGAAUCUGGUCGUGCGAUUUUCAACUACUUCACCCGGUACGAUCAGAAGCCGACGCACGUCACCAAUGCAGCUGAUUACCUGGUUGAUGUUGUUGCGAGUGGCAUGAAGGAUAGUGGCAAGGGCAUUGACUGGUCCAGCAUCUGGGAGCAAUCCCCGGAGGCCGAGGAGGUCAAGAAGGAAAUUGCAGAGAUGCGUAGCAAGCAUGAAAAGGAACUUCCGGCUACUUCUCAAGGCGAAAUCGCUCCUGCACCCGUCUCAGAGCAGAUAUUCCUAUUGACUCAGCGUACCUCUCGACAAUUCUGGCGGAGUCCGGGAUAUCCUUACUCUCGGCUGUUCGCCUGCUUCGUCCAUGCAUUGAUCAACGGUCUUACCUAUCUGCAGAUCGGCAACAGCACGACGGAUAUGCAAUCAAAAGCGUAUUCGUGCUUUCUCAUCAUUAUCCUGGUUCCGGAUUUUAUCAACGGUAUUUCUAUGCGGUUCAUUAUGAAUCGUGAUCUGUGGAAUGCUCGUGAACGUCCAAGCGGAAUAUAUGGAUGGGUCGCCUUUAGCACCGCGCAGGUUCUGUCUGAGAUUCCAUAUGCGGUUGCUGGUUCGGUUAUAUUUUACGUUCUUUACUAUUUCCUCGUGGGACUUCCUUUGGGCUUCCCUGCGGGUUACACAUUUUUAAUGAUCUUUUUAUUCAUUGUCUUCUGUACAUCGUGGGGACAGUGGAUUGGUGCAUUGAGUCCAAACUCUGUGGUUGCCGCGACUUUUAUGCCCUUCUUCAUCUGCGUCUGCGAGCUCUUCAACGGUAUCCUCCAACCGCAUGCGCAGAUGCCCACAUUCUGGAAGUACACAAUGUACUACAUGACGCCCUUCACCUACUGGAUCGGAGGUGUCCUCUCCGCUAUCCUCAAGGGAACACCAGUUACCUGCACGCAAGACGAACUGGCCGUCUUCCAGUCUCCGGCAAACAUGACCUGCGCAGAAUACGCCGGGUCAUGGCUGUCGGAGAAGGGGAGGGGAUAUCUAUCUAACCCAGAUGAGUAUGGGCUCUGUGGGUAUUGUGAAUACAGUUACGGUGAUGAUUACUUGUCUACGAUCGAACUAGGCCAAUCAAAAAUAUGGCCCUACUUCGGCAUCUUCAUGGCUUUCGUCGUUACAAAUUACAUGAUGGUUUACUUACUUGUUUACCUGCGGUCUGUCAUGAAGAUCAAACCUUUCUGGAAACGUGGUUAAUGUAUGGCGUUUGAUUAUUUCGGUUUUCUGAUGGGAUACGAUUUAAUAUGGGCCUUCUCUUUUUCUCGAUUACAUAAUUCGCUGUGAUAACGUAAUCUAUCACCGAGAGGCGCAUAUCACCGAGAGGCGCGGUCGGCGGCG